AUGACUUCUCAGCACACACAUUUCCCAGCAAACCAAUUCCAAAUUAAAAUUAUCAGCUAUCUCAAACCUCAACACCAAAAACAGCAUAUCCGCUCGAACACCUCACAAUCCAAUUUGCUCGCUCACACACACGUCAAAGCGUCACUGAUCAUGGAGCUCAAGGACCUGGCGCCGCUGCUGCUCAAGACCGAGCGCGCCAAUGGGGACAUCGAUCCCACCGUGCUCACCGACGUCCUGCGCGACGGCAAAGCCGCCAACGACCGGCGCAAGCAGCUCGUGGCGAUGGUGGAGCGCCACCCCGUGCUCUCGGACCGCGACAUGAUGUUCCGCAACCACACGCAGCGCUACACGUUCGGGCUCAAGAAGGUUGCGCACUUUGUGCAGUUCCUCAAGGACGAGCAGAUCGUGGACCGGACGGAGCAGAACAUCAUGUACGGCGCUCUGGGGGAGCCUCUGUGCAUUGAUGUGCACAACUCCAUGUUCGUGCCGACGCUGGAGAACCAGGGCGACGACGCGCAGCGCGCCAACCGCAAGUGGUGGCCCGGCGGUCUGGGCAAGACGGCCAACCACGCCAUCGUGCACGCGCGGCUGUUCCUGGACGGGAAGGACGUGGGCGUGCAGGCGUUCCUGGUGCAGCUCCGGUCGCUGGAGGACCACCAGCCUCUGCCGGGCAUUGAGGUCGGCGACAUUGGGCCCAAGGUUGGAUUCAAUGCCAUCGACAACGGCUACUGCGCGUUCCACAAGGUGCGCGUUCCGAGGGAGAACAUGCUGAUGCGGUACGCCAAGGUUUUGCCUGAUGGGACGUUCGUGAAGCCCAAGAGCGAUAAGUUGGUGUACCUGACUAUGGUGCACGUGCGCGCGAACCUGGUCGAAAGCUUCGCGCUGACGAUGGCCAAGGCGGCCGCGAUUACCACGCGCUUCAGCUCCGCGCGGAUUCAAGGCCGCACGCCCGACAACAAGGGCGAGUUCCAGGUGCUGGACUACCAGAAUCAGCAGCACAAGCUCUUCCCGUUCAUCGCCAUCUCGUACGCCGCCAAGUUUGCGGCUCGGGACAUGAUGGCAAGACACGACGAAGCCGUGGAGAUCGUCAAGAGCGGAGACGCUGGCUUUGGCGCCAAGUUGGCUGCGCUGCACGCCGUGUCUUCGGGUCUCAAGGCCUGGCUUGCUGAAAGGGUCAGUGACGGAGUGGAGUCUUGCCGCCGGCUCUGCGGAGGCCACGGGUUCACGCAGUCCGGCAACCUGGCGCACCUGUUCAACGAGAUUGUGGGCGCCAACACGUUCGAAGGCACCUUCGACGUGCUGGUGCAGCAACACGCUCGAUACUUGCUGAAGGCUUUGGCUGGAGCCAAGACCCUCGACGCGAGCGAGCCUGCCACUCGUUUCCUGUCCAAGGUCAAGGUGCUGGCCGAUCUCAAGCUGCGGUUCUCUGGACAAACACCGGAGGCCUUCGGAGACCUGAACCUGCUCGUGGAGGCAUUCGAGGUGCGCGCCGCUCGCAUCUUGCUAGCACUAGCGCGUCAGAUGAAGGCCACCAAUAACAACGGCAACGCGUGCAUGGUGCUGAUGUCGCGCGUCUCCACCGCGCACGCGGAACUGAUGCUGCUUGAGGCUCUUGUCAACGGGGUAAGCACAAUUCCUGCUGGCCCGGAGCAGCGAGCUGUUGUUGAGCUGUGCUCGCUCUUCGGAGCCUGGCUCAUAACCAAGUCCCUCGGAGACUUCCGCCAGCACGACUACCUGUCCUCGAGCCAGGCCGACCUUGUGCGCGAGCAGGUCGUGCGUCUAUUGCCGAGCAUCCGCAAGAACAGCGUGCUGCUCACCGAUGCUUGGGACUUCAGCGACUUUGAGUUGGGCUCGACUAUCGGUCGCUACGACGGCGACAUCUACCGCGCGUUGGUGAACCGUGCUGCGGACGAGCCGCUGAACAAGACGCAGGUCCCCGAGGGUUACGAGAAGUACUUGAAGCCGCUCAUCCAGUCGGAUCUGUAA